GUAUGAACAUAAAAUAAGUAGUCAAUCUUGUCGAGUCUAUAUUACCAUUGUCUAUUAGCAUUAUGAAUUCAGAAUUAUGAUUUGUGAUUAUUACUAGUAUUUCCUAUUUAUUUUUUAAUAUUUGACUUAGUUUAAUUUUAUAAAAUAGUUUUUGGUCGAUCAGUAGUAACUAGUAAAUAAUAUUUGUUUUCAACUAAUCGUGCCGAUAUUUGUUUACUGUCUAUGCUAUAAAAUAGAAUUUAUGAUGGAGACGUUAAUAGAACAACAGCGCCGUUAUCAUGAAGAAAGAGAGCGUUUAGUUGAUGCCAUGGUUAAAGAAAUGCUUUUCAAAAAGCCUACAACCAGAGAUGUAAUAAAUUCCGAACACCGUCUUAAGUUAUUACUUGAUCAGUAUACAGAAAGCACCAAUAAACUUCGAGAGUUUUAUGAAGACAAAGAUGGUUUACGUAAAGAAGAAAUUGCCUCAAUAUCAGGACCAAGUGAAUUCACAGAGUUCUAUUCUCGUUUAAAAAAUAUUAAAGAUUUCCACAAAAAACAUCCCAAUGAAAUAUCUGUACCGUUGUCUGUUGAAUUUGAAGAAUUAAAUAAUCUCCGAGAAAAUCCAUCUGAAGAAAUGUCCAAUAUGGUAGAUUUUACUGACGAGGAAGGUUAUGGACGUUAUUUAGAUUUACAUGAAUGUUAUGAAAAAUAUGUUAACUUAAAAGGAGUUGAAAAAGUUGAUUAUAUCACUUAUCUGUCAAUAUUUGAUCAUUUAUAUGACAUACCUAAAGAUCGUAAAAACUCUGAGUAUAGAAAAUAUAUUGAAGUACUUUUAGAAUACUUGCAUGGCUAUUAUUUACGUGUCAAGCCAUUGCAUAAUAUUGAUAUCGAAAUGGAAAAUGUACUUACAGAAUUUUCAGCCCAGUGGGAGGAAGGGACUUUUCCAGGUUGGCCUAAAGAUACCAGUAGUGCAUUGGCUAACAUAGGAGCUCAUCUCGAUCUAUAUGCAUUUUCUUCUUGGGAAGAGUUAGCUUCACUCGGCCUUGAUCGCUUAAAAUCUGCUUUGAUGGCUUUGGGAUUAAAAUGUGGUGGAACUUUAGAAGAAAGAGCUCAACGAUUAUUUUCAACUAAAGGAAAAUCUUCAAUAGAUCCGUCUCUGUUAGCUAAAGGUAAACCCGGAAAAAUGAACCGCAAUAAAGAACAAGAGCGACAAAAAGAAUCGGCAUUACAAGAGGCUCAAAUUUACAGAUUUUGUGAGCUUUUAGCUGAACAAAGGUUAGCUACAAAAGAAAAUGUACAAAGGAGGCAAGCACGCACUGAAGGUGAACGUGACGAUUCUGAAAAUGAAGCAAGCGCAACUGAGUCUGAAGAUGAACAGGGAGACGAUAUUCCAUACAACCCAAAAAAUUUACCUCUUGGUUGGGAUGGAAAACCUAUACCAUACUGGUUAUAUAAAUUACAUGGAUUAAAUAUAAGUUACAAUUGUGAAAUUUGUGGCAAUUUCACUUACAAAGGUCCUAAAGCAUUUCAACGACAUUUCGCUGAAUGGAGACAUGCACACGGUAUGCGAUGUUUGGGUAUUCCAAAUACAGCUCAUUUUGCUAAUGUUACUCAAAUUGAAGAUGCUUUAGCCCUAUGGGAAAAAUUGAAAACUAUGAAACAUGAUGAACGGUGGCAACCUGAAAAUGAAGAAGAAUUUGAAGAUUCUCAAGGAAACGUAGUCACUAAAAAAACUUACGAAGAUCUUAAAAGACAGGGAUUAUUAUAAAGUCCAAUCAAUAUUAAAAAUAUGUUUUUAUUUUUUAAGUACCUGUAUUCAUUUCUAUAUCCAAUUAGUAAUUUGUAAAGUUUUGUAAAAGAAAACAAGAUUUCUUUUUAUGGACUAUUUGUUGUUUUUAUAUAUAAAAACUAUAAUAAUUAAUCAACAUAUUAAUUUAUAAAAUAAAAAAAAUAAAUUUAAUGAUUUUUUAAUUAUUAAUAAUACGACUAGAGACAGUAUGAACUGGUAAUUAAAGUAUACUGGGAAUUGUAGUUCAUGUAUUUUUUAUAGCAAUAAAUUAAAAAUAUUAUGGCUGUAA